AUUGUGUACAUAAACUUUUAUCGAUUCAUUGCAUUUAUCUACCAGGACUCGAAAAUUGGGAUAUAUCAAAAAAUGUGGCGAUACAUGGAAAACCGGAAGACUUCCGUGUUCGUCAAAACGUACGAGGAUGGCAUCAAACGAGUGAUGGAGGGCAACUAUGCUUUUUUAAUGGAGUCAACAAUGUUGGACUAUGCAGUUCAGCGAGAUUGUAACUUAACUCAAAUAGGGGGGCUGCUUGACUCGAAAGGCUAUGGCAUUGCAACGCCAAAGGGCUCCCCAUGGCGGGAUAAAAUCUCAUUAGCUAUUUUGGAAUUGCAAGAAAAAGGCAUUAUACAAAUACUCUAUGACAAAUGGUGGAAGAAUACGGGCGAUGUCUGCAACAGAGAUGAUAAAAGCAAGGAAUCGAAAGCAAAUGCAUUAGGUGUUGAAAAUAUUGGCGGUGUUUUCGUUGUUCUACUUUGUGGCUUAGCGCUUGCUGUGGUGGUGGCGAUUUUUGAAUUCUGUUGGAAUUCGAAGAAAAAUUUGCAUACAGACAAUCAAUCCUUAUGCUCGGAAAUGGCCGAAGAGCUGCGCUUCGCCAUGCACUGCCAGGGAUCAAAAUCGAAGCAAAGGCCGGCACUCAAACGUGACUGCCUCAAGUGCGCCCCAGGGUCCACUUAUGUGCCAACUAAUGUAACAAUGCCAAACUUGGGAGUUCAUUAUAACUUUUUUAAUUGAAGCAGAAAAAUAAAUAAAUUUUGAUUAAGACUU